UUUUUUGUUUUCGUUGUACAUGCAUUUUUUUUUUAAAUCUGCUAUCUAUCGAUAUAUUGAAGAAUAUGUAUUUAUAACUAGCUUCUUGCCUGUUACUUGCUUAAAGUAACUAGUCCCUCGAAGAUAACGGUUGGAAAGUCUGACUAUUCACUCCAAAAUGCCCUUGUUUGGCAAUAUUUUCAGUCCCAAGAAAACACCACCCCGGAAGUCUGCAUCCCUUUCUAAUUUACAUACACUGGAUCGGUCAACACGAGAGAUUGAAUUAGGUCUGGAAUAUGGAUCUCCGGUGAUGAAUAUUGGCGGCCAGAGCUUGAAAUUUGAAGAUGGCCAGUGGAUCUCAGAGUCAGGAGGUAAUGUAGCAGGAAAAGAGGUACAGCGACUGAAGAAAAGGAAUCUGCAGCUAGAAGAGGAGAAUAAUCUCCUCAGGCUAAAGAUUGAGGUUCUUCUUGAUAUGCUUUCAGAGUCAACGGCAGAAACGCAUCUAAUACAGAAGGAACUUGAAGAUGUGAGGAGUAAUUCUAGGAGAAAGAAAUGAUGAAAGGAAAUAAAGGGGAUUCAGUCUUUUUUACUUGUAUAUACAGUAUAUGGAUUUUACAAUGAAACUGGUGUAACUAUUUUAAGAGGAUA